AUGGAGGCGAUGUUCUACAAGUCAUGUCCAAUUCUGAUAGAUCCUUCAGAAAUAAUAUUCCACUACAAGAAGUUUGUAUAAUUUCGUUUCCGUCAGUCAUAGUAACUAUUGAAGCUGGUGUAGGAAAUAAAACUUUGCCCAUUCUCAUGCUUGAAAUGGGUUUCAGAGGAUGUGUUCGUAACUGGACAUCUCAGCUGAACAUUGAAGCAAGUUUAGCAAUGCAAAUGGGUUACUAUAACAGUAAAUUAGCACUCUGGGAGCCUUUGAUUGAACCUGAAUUAAGAUCCUCCGAAUGUAUUCCAUGGGAGCUGAAACUUGAGUUAUCUAUGAAUCAAAAUCAUGAUGAUAGUAGUACAAUGAGUCCAAUAUCCGAAGAUGAGCAAGAAUUGCCCCAACCUCUAAUGAGCAUAGAUCUUAUUUCCGAAAAAAAUGUUGAACUUACAAUUUCUAAAACCUUACUAGAGAAUUUGAAGCAUCUGGGAAAUGCAUUUGCUUCUGCUAUUGACUUCAAGAAAAUGCGACAUGUUUCCACAAUUGAAGCCCCAUAUAAAAUAAUCAAUGAAAUAGGGGAAGAUGUUACAUUGCUACUAGGGGAAAGUUCUUUCGAAUUGGUCGAAGGGGGUGACAUAGCUGACAUAAAUAAAUCCGCUGCGGUUCCUCUUCAGUUGAGACCAGAAAUGAAAACUGAACAAAAAUUGUAUUUUGGCAAGAAAUUAGAGUCCAUUUCUUCAAAGAAGGAGCAUUUUCUUAAUAUGAGGGUAAGUUAUUAAUACAUAUAUUAAUAGUUUCGUUGUCUUCAGGAAAUCUCAUAAAUUCAAAUUAUGAAUUGAUGAAAAUUCGUUGAUUAAAAUCAAUAACACUA